AGUUAAUCACGUUUGAGUUAUAUGCCUCUCGCCUAGCUACUGCCACUACUCAACUGACGAUACAUGACCUCCCCUACUUCAUCCUCUCCUACACCUGAGCAUCUAUCACCGCGCCAGAUACUUAGGGUGGCCUUAGCAGUAUUGGGAUGGUAUGCUACAAGUAUGUCUAUCACAGCAUUAAACAAAUACUUGUUCUCGAACCUCGGUGUCAAAUUUCCUCUUAUAGUAACCUUCAUACAUUUCUCAACUACCUCCAUUGUCCUUUAUCUACUAUUUACUCUGUGGCCAUCUAAAUUCCAUAAACCAGUGAUAUCUACUAAGGAGUAUAUAAAAGCGAUCGUCCCGAUUGCUGUGUGUGCGGCAUCAGAUAUUGGCCUAUCUAAUCUAUCUUAUGCCAGGAUAUCGAUUACAGCGAUGACUGUUGUGAAGUCAAGUGCAGUAGUUAUGACAUAUCUAGUCGGAUUACUUUUCGGUAUCGAGAAAUUUCGAUGGACUAUUAUGUCGUGUGCCCUAACGAUCAUGAUUGCAAUAUCAUCUAGUGUACCCGGUAUGCAAGUGGAUGACUGGUUCGGCAUACUAUUUGUAGCACUUGCCGUGCUAUGUACAGCAUUCCGUUGGGUGUUGGUCCAAACCCAAUGCGCCCAAUUUAGCGCACUUCAAUUGAUGUACCUCACACAGCCUGUAUCGGCUCUUGCCCUCCUACCCUUGGCUAUACUACUCGAUGUACCUCAUCUAUCAAUACCCAUCGACACUUCGGGAGAUGAACAUCUCGUGCUGCCUAUAUGUAUCAUAUGUGCCACGGCAAUCCUGGCUUUCCUUUUGCUUUUCGCUGAGUAUCGUCUGGUGGAAGUUACCAGCAGUUUAACACUUUGCAUUGCAGGCAUUGGGAAGGAAGUAGCUACCAUAUUGAUGUCUGUGGUACUCUUCGAUGAUUGGUUAUCCCUCCGUCAAACAAUGGCUGUAGCGGUAUCGAUAGUUGGGAUAGUUACAUACUCCACCUUACGGAUAAGAUAUGCCACUGAAGAAGCUGCCCAUUUUGAGAGGCUAACAGAGGUUGAUGAUGAUGUCGAUGGUGGCUGUGUUACUGCCACCGGCGAGAACCACUUGGAUUCGUCAUCAUUCGAAGAAGUCCCUUCCUACUCGGCUACCACUACUCCCCGAGACCAUAAGGUUCUGCUCUUUGCAUCGGCUGAGAGUACAAUGUCGUAUUAUGAGGAGAAUGAUGAGCUCUAUGAAAACGAUAUCACACUACAACCAUCCCCAAGGGAUAGUAUCCGUCACAGUGAUUCAUCACAGUCAUCACAUUCCAGAUUGUAUGGCUCUCCGUCUGUUCGUACAUUAGAACCAGAAAUUGUCAGAAAAAGCAGUACUGAUCUUACCAUGUCUGAGGAUGAAAGAAGUUCCGCAGAAACUGUACAAGCAGUGGGACGCGAAUGAACAGGGAAGGGGUCUUCAUUACGAUUACUUGGAAUAACUUCAAUAGAUUUGACACAAACAAACCCCUGUGUGUUGGUAUAUUCGAGAAUCGGUCGGAUGGAUCGAAUUCUG